AUGGCGGAACUAAACGAGAUCAACGUCCGCCUCCUGGAACUGUCGACUGCCCUCUCAGAGGCGCAGGAGGCGACCCAGCCGCUCGGCAGGCCCUCUAAUGAGCGAUUCAGAGACAACGGGUGGCCCAUAGACGAGAUGUUCAACCUCACGCAGCGCGUGGCCGAAAUCCUUGACCAGCUCGCAGGCACGGCCACGGAGCGGCGGGCCAGCGCGGAUCCUGGCAACUCCAUGUUUGUGCUAUCAACGUAUGUGCGGCUCCUCGACAUGUAUCAGAAGGUUUUCGGCCUGGUGCAGACGGAACUUGCGCAGACCGAUCCGGACGAGAUGCUGGUUAUUGCCUCGGAGGGGGUGUUUCAGUUCUGGAAGCUGCCAAACGUCAACAUCGGCUCGAUCCCGGUGAAUUCGACGCCUUCGCUCGCCAUGUUCCUGACGGCUCAGCUGGCUGAUAAUUUCCUCGGUCGGCUGCGCAAGGCGACGGCGGCUCUGGACGCGUCGCUGAGGAACCCCAAGGACGCGACGAUCAAUGGGCAGGCGGGCGCGGGGACCUCGGCGACGUCAUUGUUUGUAGAUGUGUCGUACGAGAUGGUGAAGAACAGGGAGGAGACUCUGACCAAACACCUGGCGGAGCUCCGCAAGGAGCUUGCGUCGAUAAUACCUAUGCUGGAUUGUGAUCAGGAAGAGUAG